AUGGACGAGACGCACUGGGUGCGCACGUCCUUCGCCGCCCUCCGGGACGAGACCGUGCUUCUGGAACUCUAUAGCUCGCUGCAGGAAGGGUCCAUUGACGAGGCGCCGGCGCCGGCAACCGCCACGAGCGCGCAUGGCAUCACCAUGUCGUGGGACGAGCUGCACCAAGACGCGGACGUGGCGCGGCGCCUCUUGUUUGCGAGCAAGUCGCCGCUCACGGACGCGCAGGCCAAGGCGAAGCAGGCGUCGCGGGCCAAGACAGGCCGCGGUGCCUCGCUCGUCCUGCGCGAGUCGGCGCUGCUCGGCGAGUGCCCCGAAGCCACGGCCAAGGUCGAAGCAGCGCCGGCUGAGGUGCCGCUCGCGCAUGUACCCGUGCUGGCCCCGACGGACGCCGCCGACGAGGCGGCGCUGGCGAGCAAGCUCUUCUCGCUCGCAAGCUGCCGCAUGCAGCUCACCAUCAUGAAGGCGCUCGGCGAGCACGUGCAGAAGGAGUGCCUUCGCGACAUGGUCGGGUCGAUCCUCGAUUUCCCAACCAUGGCGCUCUCGCAUGUCCGCCGCCACUCGCCCGAAGACGCGACCUUGGCUACACUCUACAGCUUUGCGCUCAGUACGCUCGACGCAAAAGACACGAUGGCAUCGGACGCAAUGGACGAGCAUGUGCUGCUCUUACUUGCGCUGGGCGUAGCCAGCGGCCAGCUGCACUUUCUUCUGCCCGCGCUCUCGACGCUGCUGUUGGCGCCGCCGACCGCGACGCCGACGCCUAUCUGCGCGCCGCUCUACGACCGCCUGCUGCAUCGUCUCAGCAUGUACGAGCCGGCGCGCGUGCUUGGGGCGUACGACGGGCCGACGCUUCUGCACCACGUGCGUCUCAAACCCGAUCAAGUGCCGGUGGUCGUGAGCGGCGCGAGCCUCGCCGUCGACGAGGCCUCUGUGUACCUCUGGGGACCCAAGACGGGGCUCUACAAAGUGAGCACGAGUGCGCGGGACGCCGGGACUGUCCUUUGCCACGCAGAGGCGCGCGACAUCCUCGAGCAUUUCGUGUCGCCUCCGCACAUUGUCAAGGCGAUCGCAGGAACCUUUCGCGUCGUGACGGACCUCUUGCACGCACCGUCGCCGUCGACCGUCGGCGCAGUCGUCGGCGCCGACGACGACGGACGCCUUCUCUUGUUCUACACGGAAGGCGACACGCUCGUCGAGCAGGAGCUCGGUGUCGACGACGAUUUAUGGCUUCCGCCCGCAGGGUCGCUCCUCCGUGCGAUCUUUGGUACCUUUGACGACGUGACAGAGACGCUUUCAGACGCGGCGACGGCGACAGACGCCUUUGUCUUGACGCAAGCCGACCAUUUGCUCCUGUUUUCCGUCGCGAUGCCGCUGCAAGACCAGUUGCGGAGCCAUCUCUUUACGCGCGGUGACAUGGUGCUGCCCGCGUCAUCGAAAGCGCCGACGCUCAGCCUGGCGUGCCUCGAGCAGCACGUGGUCGUUGCCGGGUCCCUCACGAGCAUGGAUCUGCUGCUCCUGUCUCGGGCCGAUUUGCGCGUCCAGCAGACCGUCGUCUUGCCGAAUGCCCGGGCGCACGGCGACCAGCGACUGCAGAUCACGACGGAAGGCGACUACCUCUACGAUGUGAUUCUCCGUGGCGCCCAAGGGCUUCGCGUCAUCACGUACGACCUGCGCGGCGGCCCCGUGCACCGGUGCCACGUCGAUCUUCGCCUCGAUAUGCUACCAAACGGCACGCAUCCGAUGCCGUGGACCCCGGGGUCCGCGACGGUGUACACGAACGGGCGGCAGCUGUGCCUCGUGCACAUGACCGACGGCAUAUUGUCGUACGCCUUCUUCUCGUUGCGGGACGGUCGCCUUGAGUCGGUGCAGACGAGCGCCGCCAAGACGGGGUUCGUGCCCCGGGUCGCCUUGGAUGCCACGGCGAACGCGCUGUGGGGCUACCACCCACUGCGCCACUGCAUCGAGGCGCUUCCGAACGCUGGGCCGUGCGUUCCAUUGCGGGCGACGACGGCACCAUCGCCCCGGGAUCUCUUGGUGGCAGAGUCGCUGCCGCCGGCGAUGACGUGGGCGCUGCACAUCCUUGGCACGCUCGAGGCCACGGCGUGGCCGCUCUUACAUGCCGACGCCGUCGUCGACAAGUCGGUGGCCGUCGUCCCGUUCGCGGUCGACGUGCGUCUCGACACGAUGCAGGCGCUCAUUAGGCUCAUUGACCGCUACGGGCGCCGGUUCUGCGCGAGUGACGACCUCGCACCGUGGGAAAAAUGCGUGCUGCGGGCGUCCAUGACCGUCUUGACGGCCAACGUCGCGCACUUGCGACCGUUUGACGACGCCAGUAUCGUGGCGUGGGUCAAAUCGAGUCCCCUCGCGUCGCUCCUCGCCGUCCUCACGCGGUUCCCGGACAGCGACGACGCGAUUGUGCAAGCGGCGCUUAAGCUCUACAUGGCGUCGCUCGACAUCUUUUACGUCCGUCCCACGGACCAGCUCGAAAUGGCGCUGCAGUUUCUGGCGCGUGCGACCAAGGGAUCGUUGCAUGCGUCCGAGCGCCCGAUUCUAGCGCUUCUAUUGCAGCGCCUCGCCGCCCUCGACAAGGUCAAGGACAUUGCCGAGCAAAGCGGCGUGGUCGCGCACUUGACGUCGCUGCUCGCGUCGGCGCACAUGUUGUUUGUAGCGCCAUCCAUCGACGCGCUCUCGACCGACCUCGUCGCCCUCAUUUACGCCUUGACGCAGGCGCUGCUGUAUGCUGCAAACGCCGCCCGCGUCGCGUGGUCGACGGCGUCGGCCGCGAUGUUGGCAAUCCUCGAGAGCUGUGUGGCGACGACGGCAUGCGCGGAUGCAUAUCGGCACCGGCUCGAAGCCAGUAUCGUCGGCGUCGUGCUGCCGCUGCUCAGCACGGCCAUGCAUCACUUCUUGACGUCGCUUGAGCACGACUCGAGCGUCUACACGUCGCUCGCGACGCCGUUGCAUGUGCUCUUUGCCAACGUGGGGGGCCUGGCGACGGCGAUGGCGGCGACGGAAAGCUCCACCGUGUCGCAAACAACCACGGCCAAGGUCACCAAGACCAUCGAGUCACCGCACGACUAUCAGAACAACAUGCACACGCUCACCGACGUCCGCGUGCCGGGCGCCACCAAGCUCACGAUUACGUUCGACCCGGCGUGUCGCACGGAGCCCGGUUACGACUAUGUGACGUUUUACACGGACGAGACGCAGACGACGUACUAUGGCCUGGAAAAGUACUCGGGCCGUGGCGACGAGAUGAACUGGCCCGGCGUCAACGGCCGCCCGCCGCUCGUCAUUGACGCAAGCGCAUGCGUGGUGCUCUUCCACACGGACGGCUCGGGCGUCGACUGGGGCUUCAAGUGCACGAUCGUCGCCGACGUGCAGUCGCCGACGACGUGUCUCUCGCUGCACUGGUUACGGCACAUUGAAGAAAGCAUUGCGUCUGUCCUUGCCCACAUCGCGUCAGCGCUGAUUCGGACGACGCUGUUUGCGCCGCUCUCGUCGACCGAGGUGACGCACAUGCCGCUAUUGAGUUCGCACCUCUGGCAAGGCGGACGCCACGUGUCGAGCGCCGACGCGCCGGUCGUGGCCUUUCUGCACGCGCUCAUCGACCCUGAGACGAGUUCAGUCGCCGAUGCCGCCACAACAGCGCUAAAGACCCAUACCCGCGAAGACCAAGGGGCAAUUGCGCACAUCAACCGCGCCGUUCGCGCGGUCGCGGCGGCCCUUCUCCACCACAACCUCUACGGCAUGGAACUCUACCAGUGGGCGACGACGGCACUAUCGAGUUCGCCGUCGCCGCACGUGUUGAAAAUCUGGAAGACGGCGCAGAAGAUGCGGCAAUGGUUUGACCUGGGUGACGCGGCCGAGUCGAGCAUCCACGCGCCCUUGCGCCCGAACGCGGGGCUUCCGGGCUUGAAGCGCCAGCCAUCGGCGUUCAAGGGCGCGUCCGAAGACGCGAUCGUUGCGCUCUGUGCGGCCGUCGUCGACCGUGCGACGUUUCUACUGUCGUUGACGCCGGCGUCGUUUGCGUUUGUGCGCGCGGCCAAAGUGCGCUGGGGCCUCCUCGCAAAGUACACGACGGCGCUCUCGCGGCAGCACUCGUGGGGCCACCUCGUGCGCGAGGUCGAAGCCGCGACCGAGCUCAAGACGCUCCUCGAGUACCGCCGCAGCUCGUACGAGCGGUCGCAGCAGAUGCAGCCCAAGUCCGUGACCGAGCUCGUGCUCGAAUUCGUGCAAAGCGAUGUCGUUGUGCACGACAUGUCGACCAUCCUGAGUGUUCGGAAGGACCGUGCCCACUUGCGCGACCUCGGUGUGCACAUGGUCGGGUCGGCGCUCGCGGCAACGACGAGCGCGCGCAGCCAACUGCUCUUCCUGCACGCGUUGGCGUCGAGCUUGCGCGCGAUGGGCCACGAAGACCCGUGUGCGACGCACGUGCACUUUUUCAACAGUCUCAACGGCUGCGACGAGAGCCAGCGCGAGGGCUUGAGCCAGAGCAUGCUCACGUGCUUGAAAGCGUGUGCGCGGAUCCUCGAGAGCACGCUGCAGCAGCCCUUUCUCUCGUCGAUCGACGCGGCCUUGCUGACGACGCUACUGAAGGCGAUCGCGCUCGACUACGACGCGCGCGACGCGUACUUGCUCUACGAGAGCAAAGUGCUGCCGCACAUUCUGCGCCUCUUGCCGUCCGAGCACGUGAACCUGCGGCGCGCGGCGCAGUCGAUGCUGCGUGUGCUCCUCUCGCACUUUGUCGCGGUCGACGACGUGCCCGAGACGCCGCGCGACGACGUGUCGCAGUUCCAGAAGCAGCUCCUCGCCGCCGUGCGUCUCCAGCUCGAGGGCGUCGCCAGCGCGGUCAUGACGGCGUCUCGGUCGUCGAUGACGGCCCUCGGACGGCAUCUCGCAGGCGCCACGGCGCCGCACGUGCCGCUGCUUCGCAACCACUCGCUGGCGUUUUGGAUCUAUGUGCCGUCGCCCAACGUCCAAUAUGCGCUCAAGGUCGGCGACGAAGUGCGCCGAGGACCGCAGUGGGACAGCACGGACGACGAAGACGGCGGUGACACGGGCACGGGCUCCGUUGUCGGGAUUCCUGGACCGGCCAUGGUGCAGGUGAGUUGGCACGCGACCAAAAAAAUGGGCAUGUACGUCUGGGACCCGGUGACGCCGUCGUGUCAAGUGCAGCUGCUGGACGAAGGCAUUGGCGGCAUGGUGUUUCUGCACGGCAAUCGCAACCUCGUCGCUGACACGGACGACAUGGUGCCGUGGAGCCACCACGGACUCUUCCUCACGGACGACGCGCAGCUCAAGUACGUUCUCUCGUCGGGCACGGACAAGGACGUUCUCGUCGAAAGCAAUGACGCCCUCCACAAAGACGCGUGGAACCACGUGUGCAUCGUCCAAGAGAACGCCUUCUUGAAACUCUUCCUCAACGGCGUCCUGGAUACGCACCAUACGCUCGACAAGGAGCUCAUCUUGCCGUUCAACGAAGCGCCGACCAUCCUCGAGACGUCGCACCCGUGCGUCGGGAGCCCGGACGCGCCGACGACCACGUGGCCCGUCGUGUACCCUGGCGCGACGUCGCUUGUGGUUUCGUUUGACCCGCUCUCGCAGCUCGAUCGCGCCAACGGAGAUGCCCUCGCCGUGACCAGAGGCAGUGCCGUCGUGGCGACCUACAAUGCCGGGUUUCCCGGAGCGUACGGUCAACCGCCCUUGGUCGUCGACGGCGACAGCGUCGUCCUCGGCCUGCACUCGACCAGCUCGAGUGCGAAAUGGGGGUUCCGUGCAGUGGUCGUGCCGCUGUAUGGCGACGCCCGGGAUGCGUCUGGCCACGUGAACGGCCACCCGUUCUACUUUGGCGAGCCGCCGCCGCGGGUCUUGGAUGCCCCGUCAAGCCAGUGCUGGCUGGCGGCGUUCGAUGUGAUCAAUGUGCCGCUACACGACCACGAAGUCCAGCUGCUCAUGCGGUUGAACCCGCAAGAGGCGCCACCCAGCGUGUUUCCGAUGGACCGCGCGCUGCACACGCUCGGCUUGGUCAAGACGUGUGCGCAAACGAGCUUUGGGCGGUCGUUUGUCACGAAACCAGAGCUUGUGCGGCACUUGCUCGAGGUCAUUCUAUUGGGCCCGACCGAAACGCGCUGUGCUGCCCUCCACGUGCUCACGGACCUCACGCCGACAUUGCACCCGGCCGUCGUCGACGAGCAGUUCACCGCUGCGUUUCCAGAGCACCCGUCGUUUUUGCUCGCGCUGCUCGAGACGAUCGGUGCGAUUCUGGCCGUGUGGCAGGCGCCGCCGCCGCUCGUGCAGUGUGCGCAAACGCUCUCUCUGCGCAUGUCGGCGCAGUGCGCCAUGGGGCUCGUCGACGCGCACAUCCAGUUUCUGCGCGCCCUUGGUGCGAGCCGCGCAUGGAGUUCGGCGCUCUUUGGUCAUCUGGAAGCGAGUUUUGCAUGGCUCGGGUCCAAGGCGAUGACGGCCGACGACACGAUUGCGUUCCAGCGGGCGCUCGCGGCCGUGGCGGUACUCGGUGGCAGCUACGACGGCGUCGUGCUCGGAAGUCGUGUCCGGUGUUGCGUCAACAUUGACGGCAAAGAGUCGGUCGAAGCCGGCUCGAUCGUGCAAUUCCAUCUUCGCGGCGAGUCGCGCAUGGCGUCGGUGCUGUUCGACUGCGACAAUAGCCGUCCCGUCGACGUCCCCAUCGGCGACAUUGCGUGCGACGACGGCAACGACGAGAGCGACCUCUUUCAGUUUGCGAGUGCGUCGGUGCCGGUCGUCGUCGAGGGCCUCCGUCGCUUCUUGGCACAACCCGUGUCGCCGUCGCACCUGCCGACGACGUACUUGCCGCGCCGCACGCGCGUCGAGAAGACCGACGUCAUCGAGUCCGAGCACCCGUACCCACACAGUACCGACCAGACGUACGCCGUCGACUUUGCCACCGCAACGGCCGUCACGAUUGUGUUUGACGCCAAGUCGCGCACCGAGAUGGACUGCGACUAUGUCCAGUUUCGCGCCCGAGACGGGUCCCGCGUGUAUGGCGACGACAAGUACAGUGGGACGCACUUCCCCGGCGUCGGUGCACUGCCGCCGCUCGUGAUUCCCGCGUCGUCCUUUGAUGUCCUCUUCCAUUCAGACAGCAACAACAACGACUGGGGCUUCCGCUUCACGGCCACAGCCAUGAUCGAGCGCGACGAGCUGCCGCCCGAGGUGCCGCCAACACCCGCGUUUGGGGCGUGGUGCGACCUCCGCGCCCGGUGCCUCAAGGUGCUGCAGCAGUACACGCCGUCGUUCUUGUCGUCGUUGCCACCGCAACUGCUCGCCGAAGUGGCCACGAUUGCCAUCUCGCCCUUUGAUGGACGCCCGAUGAUAGCCAUGCCCAAGUCGCAAGUGUUCGAGUCCAAGCACCCGUACGCCAACUCGAUCUCCGAGUACAUGGCCGUGACGUUCAAGGGCGCGAGUGAGCUCACAAUUACAUUUGACGGGCAGUCGCGCACCGAAGAUGGCUGCGAUUACGUCGUCUUCUUCAAAGACAAGACGCUCACGGAGCGUUGGGGGUGCUACCAGUACACGGGUCGGGCCGGUACGGAGAAUUGGCCCGGCUGUGGCGGCCGUCCGUCGCUCGUGAUUCCGGCCGAGGGCUUUACGCUGCUGUGGUGUACCGACUCGAGCAACGUCGAUUGGGGCUGGAAGUUUGUCGUGAAAGCCACCUUCCCGAGCGUGACACCAUUGGCCCUGACGCCGGACGCGCUUAACCAGCGGUCGUACCACGUGACCGAGAUGCUCUACGAGCGCAUGCGACCGACGCCGGUGCCGGUGGCCAGUGCGUUUGACGGAUUUGCACGCGCGACGGCUCCACUGCCGUCGCUGCAACGGUAUCUGAGCUACAUACCACCGACGGCUCCGUUGUCGACGCCAACACCAACGCCCGACGCACGCUACCGCGUCCAGCCGUUUGAAAACGUAGCCAUCCACACCGAUUGCAACGACGAAUCCGACAUCGUCGACGUCGUAACGCCGAUGACGACGGUGCACGUUGCGGACGCGCGUGGCGACUGGUGCCUCGUCGAGACACCGUCGGGCGACCGGGGGUGGUGCCAAUGGCGUCGUGGGACCGACACGGUCGUCGUCGGCGUCGACGACAAGGCAGUGAUGGCAUCCGAUGUCGACGAGUCGAACGACGAGCAAGACGAGCUCGCCAACUUCACAUCGCAUUUUACCAUCGAAGAGAUCAAGGGCCAAAGCCACCGAUUGCAUUUGCUCGCGAUCGAGACGGCCAACGCCCAAGCCAUCCAGGUCGCCCGAGCGACAUUACUCUCGCUUUUCCAGCGGCCCGAUUUCGACCUCGCGACCUUGGGGGCAUCCAGUGGUACCUUCUUAGAGCUUCUCGUUGUCUUAUUGAACGAGCCGACCACGUCGCUGGACGCCAAAGCCGCCUUGCGACAGCGCCUUGCCGAGUUUCUCGCGCUGCCGACGGCGGGCCUCGCAUUCCUGACCAAGGUCGUCGACUUGUAUGUGCACACGCAGAACCAAAUGCGAGAGGCGCUGCCGAGGGGCCGAGCGAUCGUGCGCACGCUCGAGAGCUCGCAUCCGUAUCUGGACAACACGGACGCGUACUGGAAGGUCGAGAUUCCCGGCGCGACCCAGAUCCAGAUUGUGUUUGACGCGCGCAGCAAGACGGAAGCGGGUUGUGACUACGUCUGUUUUUACAAUGCGUCGGAUCGAAGCAUAGUCUACGGCGACACCCAGUACUCGGGUCGGUCGGGGACCGAGAAUUGGCCUGGCGUCGGCAAUCGGCCGCCGCUUCUUAUCGACGCCGACCGCUUCGAGGUGUACUUUCAUUCGGACGCGAGUGGGAACGACUGGGGCUUUGCCUUUACGGCCUACGGUCUCUUGGGGCCCGAGAUGCCACCAACACCAGCAUGCGCACCGCGCUCGGACGUCGCGCUCUGGCUCCUCGAGGCGCUCUGUGCCGUGCCGCAAAAGCCGACGCCGGUGCUCGAAGCCCUAUACGCACCGUCCGUCCUCGACGCGUGGUCGACGUCGCUCACGUCCAUGCCCCAGUCGGCCAAAGUGUCGACGCUUCGUAUGCUGUCGGCCGUGGCGUUGGACGCCGCGUCCUGGCGACAUGUCGCCACGCAACGCACUGCGCUCUUGAAGCUCUUGGACCUCGUCAAGAAGCGCAUGCUCGCGCAGCAUCGGGCUGAAGAACGCUCGGAUGUCAAGUCGGUGUACCUGCAGAGCUUGGUGCAAACGGCGCUCGCACUCGAUCAUGCGAUCGAGACCCGUGGGUUCCCGACACCCGCGUCCGUCUUGCCGGCGCCCGUCGAGCUUGUGUGUACGAACGUUGACACGCUCGUCGAGGUGGCUCCCGACCUGGUCUGGGCCCGCGGCAGGACCCAUCACAUCACGGUGCUCCUGCGGCUGUGCACCGCGGGCAUGACCAUCGGUGUCAAAAGCACCACCCGCGAGCCGCCAUGGAGCUUUGUGUGGUCCUCGUCCAAGACGGUAAACGCUCAAGCCCUCGGUGUGCUGCUGCAAGACGGCGAUACACUGACACUCGAAGCCGACUUAAGCCGAGGCGAACUGUCUUUGCGCAAAAACCGAGCACUCGUCGGCUCCGCACCAGUGCCGCCGGACGUCGGCGACCUCGUACCCGUCGUCGCGUUCGGUUCCAUCAACGACGCCGUCGUCGUGUCGUCCGAGUGGACGCCGCCGAUGCGCCACGACCCGACGUGGUACACCAAGCUCAUGGAGAGCAAGGCGAUGCUGCUGGCCGAGACGAGCCAACGUCCAACGGCGGUGACGCUGGAGAGCAUGCACCCGCUGCCCGACGAUGUGGCAACCAAGACAGUGCAUCUACCCGGCGCGACGAAACUAGAAGUGCGCUUUGACCGACACACGCAAAUGGGCUCCCAGGAUACACUUACGCUCACCACACGGUCGCAAACGGUCGUGCUCACAGGUCUCGACGGACAGCUCGACCCGGACGCAUCUGCGUUUGGCCCAAUGCCAAUGACACCGCAACUCGCCUUGUCGCCGGGCGACGUCGUCGUGCGCGGUGACGAUUGGAUCUACGGCCAAGAAGAUGGCGGGGCGGGGGCCACGGGCGACGUUGUCGAGCUCUGCAGCUGGAAGCAGCGCGCAGGCACUGGCGUCAAGGUCCGCUGGCGCUCCACCAACACCGUCGCGCUCUAUCGGUACGGCUACAACGGCCAUUACGACGUGUACCUCGUGACGGCGCGUCAGUCAUCGGUGCUGUGGCUCGACGGCGACAACGUCACACUCACCGCGACGCCGUACCAGGCGUCCGUGCAAAAGGAUCACGAGUUCAAGGGGAGCUUGGACUUUGGCCAAUCGACGGUCGUGUCCUUGCCGGUGACGCCCACGUUGCGCUUGCGCGACGACUUUAGUCUGCAGUUUUGGCUCCGCUUGAGCGGCGAUCUCUCGACCAAAGAGAGCAAGCGGCCGCCGCAGACGAUUUUGGUUGCCGGUGGCAUCGACGACGACGACAAUGCAUGCUUCCACAUGAGCGCGACAUCGGACUUAAAGAUUCGACUUCUCUUCAAGAGCGGCGGCUUCCUCGACAGCAUGCUCUCCGAGGCUCUUUCGCCCAAUGCGUGGGUGCUGCUAUCUAUCGUCGGCAGUGGCUCCGACGUCUCGCUCUACAAGAACGGCGAAAAGUGGACGUCCCAUACCUUCUACGGGCGCACGGCGUACGCAACGCCCUUUCAUACGGUCUUCUUGGGCUCGUCGUUGGCUGCGACCCGCCCCGGUUUUAAGCAGUACAAUGGACUCCACGGCCAGCUCCACGAUGUCAAGAUGUGGGACGCACCGUUGACGCCCAGCGACGUCCGGCGCGAGUUUUUGGACAAAUGCGCGGUCUUGCCGAGUGGGUUGCCCCCGGCGCCGCCCCUGUGCCACUGGACCACCAUCAACAAAACAGGUCGCGACCUCUGUACGCUCAAAGCGUCUAUCGCGAUUCAGCGAGGCAAGGUCUAUUACGAGGUCGCACUGCUCUCGGGCGGCUCGGUGCUCGUGGGAUGGGCCUCACCGCAGUGCACGCCCCGACACAAGAGCUCGGUUCUCGGCGACACUGGCGAUGCAUAUGCGAUCGACCUCCACAAGCAGUACAUGUGGCACGACGGCCCGUUACCGUUCAACGCGCCGCUCGAGACGUCGGUCAAAGCGGGGGACGUCGUCGGCUGUCUUCUCGACUGCGACGCGGGCACGAUGGCGUUUACACUCAACGGCCAUCGCGUCGGCGACACGUUUGGCGCGCCGACAGCGCUGCCACAGGCGGCCAACAAACGCGUGGCGGCGCUCCGGGUCGCACCAAUCUUGCGCGACCCGAGCACCCCGCGGAGCAUGAGCGCGCGCGAGGCCAGAAUCGCAGAGCUGCUCGCCAUGGGCUGCUCGCGCCACAAGGCCAUUGAGGCGCUGCAGCGCAACGACCAAGACGUGGCAUCGGCGCUCGAGUGGCUGUUGCACAACCCCGAUAUGGUUGUGCCGUUGGGCCCGCACGUUCGCCUCGUCGAAGAAGCGGUCCCGAGCGCCAACCGAUGGCAAGACCAAGGCGGCUUGAGCCCUGCCGUGGCCUUGAGCCCACUCGGUGCGCAAGGGGUCGCGUGGAACCUCGGGCAACGGCCGUUCCAGUACCUCCCCGACGGCUACGUCGGUGUUGUCACGGGAGCAACCGACAACGCGGCGCCAACAGCACCUCUUGUCGUCUACGACUGGGCGGAAGACGGGUGGGAGCCGAUUCAGGUUCGGCACAAGCUGCUCGACCUAUCGCCUCGGCUGUUGCACCGGUGGCGACUGGACGAAGGCCACGGCACGGAGCUUCGCGAUGCGAUGACGUCGACGACCGGAGUCUUGGUGUCGACGGCGUCGUUGCGGCCCUGGAAACCGUGGCUCUUCUCGCCCUUGUACCAGCAAACACUUGGCGCGUGGGGGUAUAAAGUGACCAUCUAUGGGCACUACUACGCCGAGAGCGCGCCCACGACGCGAUUUGUGUGUCCGAGCUCCCUCGAGUACCCGCGCUUCCACAAGCACAACGUGCAGCUGGUCGAGUUUGCCAACGCCAAGUUUCUGCAACGGCAGCUCGACGUGGCCCACGGCCUCCGCGUGCCGUGGUCGGAGAUUGCGCCGCACGACGAAGAGCUGGUGCGCUGGCCGCUCUUGUGCGAAGUCGCGUACGGUCGAUUGGCGGCACCGGGCGCAAGCGACGACAAUGCGCUGUGUGCCAACCACGACCGCCUCGCGGCACGCUUCAGCUACCUCCAGCAGUUCAACAUUGCGAUGCACCGCCUCUUGCCGUGGGUUACGCUCGAGGCCGACGCACCCGUGGGUAGUCUGACCGACAUGCUCGGGCGCUGCCGAGGGCUCCUCUUCCAUAAGCUCAAAAAGACAAUGUGGGAGGCCGCGCUCCUGCGCACGCUGCGUCCGGGUGCGGCCGUCGACUUGACGCUCAACCGACCGAAGGCCAUGCGGCAACGGGCGACGGGCGUGCCCGACGAGGAUGCUCGGUCCGCGCUCUUCGCGCAAGCCUUUCGCCAGCUCAACGCGACUGACAACUACCAUUUUCGGCGCCACAGCAACGUCUACUACGUGAAAUUUCUCGGAGAAAACGCCGAGGACGCUGGCGGGCCGUAUCGUGAGACGUUUUGCCAGUAUGGCGCCGAGCUCCAGAGCGCGCAGCUCCCGCUGCUGCUGCGGACGCCGAACGCAGCCCACAACGUGGGCACGGGGCGUGAAAAAUGGGUGCUCAACCCGACGGCGUUCGGGCGCCAGCACCGGUUGCGACGGCGCCUCCUCGAGUUUCUCGGCAAGCUCCUCGGCGCGUCGGUCCGGUCGCGCGAUUACUUUGCCCUCGACUUGGCGCCGCUCGUGUGGAAGUACCUCGUGCACGAGCCCGUCGGCGUCGACGACCUCGAAGCCAUCGACCGCAUGCUCGUCCAGUCGCUCGCCAAGAUCCGCACCAUCGACGAGCUCGGCGUCACUGCCGAAAUGUUUGAAGACAUUGUGCUCGAGACGUUUACGACGCUCUCGAUCGACAACCGCGUCGUUGAGAUCACGCCCAACGGACGCCAAGUGGCCGUCACCUUUGAGAACCGGUGUCGCUUUGCCGACCUCGUCGAAGCCUAUCGGCUGCACGAGUUUGAUGCGGCGCUCUCGCAGCUCGAGAGUGGCCUCGGGAAGGUGCUGCCGCUGCGGUACCUCCGACUCUUUACGGCCCGCGAACUCGAGAGCAUGGUGGUCGGGUCACCGGACGUCGACGUCGACUUGCUCCAGCAGUGCACCGAGUACAGCUCGUGCAGUGCGUCGGACCAGCACAUUGUGUGGUUCUGGGCCGUCCUCCGCCGCUUCUCACACGACGAGCGCAGCGCGUUCUUGCGCUUUGUGUGGGGUCGGUCGCGGCUCCCGGCCGCCGCGACCGAGUUUCCGCAGUGGUUCAAACUCCAGUCGUUCACGAAAACGCCCGCCGACAACUACCUGCCCGUCGCCCACACCGAGGAGCUCCUCGCCAAGAAGCUGCUCUACGCCAUUUACAACUGCCAAGAGAUUGACGCCGACGGCGACAGCGUUGCAGCCAACCAGCUCGGCUGGGACGAGUGA